AUGCGCAUCUUUCUCCCCGUUGUGCCCUUGCUCACCCUAGUCGUGGCAGACUAUAGUAGCAAGAAGGGCUACACUUGCACGGAAUUUCUGCUCGAUAUACCUGUCGAGAACGCCACGACGAUUGUGUUGCCGCUGCCACCAAUUGAAAAUCGCUACCAAGCAAUCAGCUAUGGUCAGGCAAUUUCGACACCACCAGGCGAUACACCACCACCACCACCCGAGACAUCAUCCUUGACCAAAAUCUUUCAGAUCUCGGGCGAUUUGUGUACACCCAACAACCCUGGACCUAAGUCUUCAACAAUCCAACUGCUGACGAACGGAAUCGGCUACAAUCGAACCUACUGGGACUUUUAUCUGCCUGGCUCAGACAACCCGCAGUACAGCCAUGUACAUGCAGCCACUGCAGCAGGCUACAGCACUCUGUCCUGGAACCGUCUUGGCGCAAGUCCAUCGACCAUCGCUGAUCCUUAUAGCGAGGUACAAGCUUUGGUGGAGGUGGGCAUCCUCAUCUCUUUGACAGGCCUUGCUCGUGCCGGCAAGAUACCCGGACAAGCCGAGCCACCUGCGAAUAUCAUCCAUGUUGGCCAUAGUUUCGGGUCGCAGCUGACCAUCGGCAUGGCGGCUCUAGCACCUGAAGUCAGUGACGGAAUAGUCAUCACAGGGCUAGCAGGAGACGCGAGCUCCCUCGCCACGACCCUCGGCACCGUUGCUUUCCAGCUCGCCAACGAGAACAACCCUGAACGUUUUCCUAAAGAGGUCUAUUCGAACGGGUGGCUCACCUGGAACUCCGAGCUGGAGCAGCAAUACAUAUUCUUCUCCUACCCCAACUUCGAUCCGGCGGUGCUGGCGGCUUCAGAAGCCAUCAAGCAGCCUCUUGCAAUUGGCGAGAUCUUCGCUGGUGGUGCCUUGCCAACACAGGCACCGGAUUUCAGCAACCCCGUGCUCUACCUUGCGUCUGAGCAUGACAUCGCGUGCAGAUUUGACUGCAACGACGUAUUUGGAGUAGGCAGCUCGGCAUGGGAGGUGUUCAAUGGAACCGAUGAGAUUGAGGCUUUCAUCCAGCCCGGAGCGGGUCAUGUGUUGCCUCUGCACUCCAAUGUGACGGCUUCGUACGUGGCACUUGAUAGCUGGAUCGAGAAGCACUUUCUGGCGUAG